AUGGACCGCCUUGCGAAGCCCGCCCCUCGCCCAGUUUGCGUCAUUACCGCUCACCCGGCUCGCUACCGGGACCCCGAUACGGGUCUACCUUAUUAUGACGUUCGUGCAUACCGGGAGAUUCAGAGACUCCGCCGUGGUGAGUACAAAUGGAGCAGUCUUCUCGGCGCCUGGGUCGGCAGUUGUAACUACGCAGCUCGUGGAGUCCCGGAGAGGUUCCUGAAGGGUGACGGCAAACCCAAGCCCAAGCCAAAGGAGAAGGAGGUGGACGUCACCAUCGGGGCACCCUCCGAAAAGCAAGAAGGCAAAGAGGACAAGACCGCCUCGCCCCCACAAGAAGGGGGGAAGGAACAGCCGGAAACGGUGGCGGAGAAGCAAACGGUUCCAGCCCCGUCUCCGUCCGCACCGCAGACGCCGCAAGCGCCGCAGGCCGUGGUCCAGACGCCAGCCCAACCUCAGACUCAGCAAGCGAAACCGGCAGCGACCGAACCUACAACGGCCCCUAUAGCCGCUUCGGUCGCGACACCAGUCUGA